CUUGAAAGCAGCCGGUCAGCCAUCCUCGAAAUCCCCGGCCAGGUGGCAGCUGGGUGAGCCGCUUUCCCGGCGGGUGCCGCUGCCCCUCGUGUGCAAUGGGGAAGUCAGGACAAUAGGAAGGAGGCAGAGAAAAGCGGACGCCCCUCGCCCAUCCCAGCAGCGAACGGAUCGCCUCUCCGAGGGAUGCUCCUCCGUAAGUGAAGAUUCGGAGCGGCGGAUUUCGACGGAAGCUCUCGCCCGGCCCUGGUUCUCCUCAGAGCUGCAGGUCCCUGAGGGCGGCGGUCAGAUGGGCUGGGGCAGCCGCCGGGAGCUCUGGUAAGGGCCCGCCGCUCCUUGCUUUCCCCCUCACGCCCGUGGUCUCCGCCCCAAAUGACCCUGCGCUCGGCCGAAUCCUCGGAUGGCACCGACAGGGCUGGGCCCCAAUGGGAAGCUGGAGGAGCUUCGGCGGAACCUGCUGAAGGGGAGCGCCUGGACUCUGCCAUGAGGGAGCUGAGAUGCGCGGGAUGGUAUUGGGGAAACAUGAGUGUGGCAGAAGCAAAGGAAAGAUUACAAGAUACAUCUGAAGGGACUUUCUUGAUCAGAGAUAGCUCUCACUCAGAGUAUUUACUUACUAUUUCAGUUAAAACCUCAGUAGGUCCUACCAACUUACGAAUAGAAUUUCAAGGUGGUAAAUUCCGUCUGGAUUCUGUUAUCUGCAUCCGAUCAAAGCUCCAGCAAUUUGACAGUGUGGUUCAUCUAAUUGAAUAUUAUGUCCUUAUGUGCAAGGACAGAAGAAUGGUCUCCGAAAUACCUUCCAAUGGAACAGUCCAUCUUCAUUUAAAUAAACCUCUCUAUCAUUCAACACUGUCUCUACAGCAUCAGUGUAGAAUUGCAAUAAACAGACAUACAAGUAAAAUCCAGGAACUUCCAUUACCAACAAGAUUGAAGGAAUUCUUAAAGGAAUAUCGAUAUCGGGUAUAAGAAUCUACUCAGACUCAUUUUAAGAAAACAGGUCCUAAAUACAAUUUGUGAGAAAUCAAAAUCUUCAGCUGCAUGAACGUAUUGUAUAGGUCAUUGUGAAAAUGGUAUGUUAUUGUGUGUGUUUGUAGAUUUGAGUAGAGGACUUGGAUUUAGCUUUCCACUAUUAAAACUUUGGUGCUCAGUAAAGUCCCUGAUGCUAUUAGAAUUACAAGCUAAGGGAAAAUGUGUUUCAGUGGGAACAAGUGCCUACAAGACAAUGGUUCAUUGCUCUUUAAUACCUAUGCACUCACUUUGUUCUAAAAAUAAAUGAGGCAGUUCGGUAAGGUUCUCUUACAGAAAGUCAUCUUAUAAAAUAUUACUAAAUCCCAAUCCAAAUGAUGUGGCUGUCCUUCAAAAUAACUUCUGAACAAUGUGGACCAGUCAGUGAUACCAUGGAUACCUUAAAAUAAUCUAUGGUCCUCAUUCUGAGAGCGUAUUACAUUCAUCAGUAUUUUGAAAUAUUAAGAAAGAUUUGCCAAUUCCUAGUGACCAUUUACAGUUGAAUGCUCCCCUCAUAUCAGAAGGGCUAAGAGGAGGGUAGGCAUCUGGAUUUCAGCAGCAAAUGACUAAUAACUCUGCAAUUAGGUCACUGUAAACCUUUUAUGAAGUUACAAAGGGAACAUACAUUUUGGGCAAUAAAUUUCCAGCUAGCAUAAAAGAUUGGCUGGAGAGACUCACUGUCUGAGAUUAUAUCAGUCUAAGGCUCCUGAUUAUGUAUUUUGCACAUUCUUAAUUAUAAUUUACAUAUUAAUAAAUAGUAAGCAUUUAUUUCCUAAUAAUAUAGCACUCGAGUGUUUUCUUAUUAAAAACCUAUCUAGCAGUUCUUCCUGAUUAUGAAUGCAUGAAACUUUUUUUUAGGAGGGGGGAGGUGCCUUCAAGUCCAUGUGACUCUUUGCAACUAUCUAGUCAAGUCUUGCAGUUUCCUUGGCAAAGUUUUUGGAAAAUGGCUUGCAAUUGCUUUCUUUCUAAGGCUGAGAGAAAGAGAGAGAAAGACUGACCGAAGAUCACCAGUUGGCUUGGAACUAGAACUUAUGAUUUUCUGAUUUCGAGCCUGAUGCCUUAACUACUACAUCAUACUGGUGUUCUUACAAAAGCUAUAGAGCAAUUUUAUCCAUUUUACUCAGAUUGUAAGCUUAGCAUUAUAGCAAAGUUUUAUUUGAACAGUCAAAAUGGGAUUAAAUUUCUAGGUAAGAUAUAAGGCAGUCAAUCACACAUGAACUCUAGUCACUCUGGGGAGCUACAACAAUCUCCUUCAUACACUUAGCUUCCAAAGCUUCACAAGCUCCACCCAAGCUUUCAGUAUAGUCUCCACAAAGCCUCCCUAAAUGGUAACUUUAAUCUAAAAGAAAGGGAAGUAUGAUAUACAUGGGAGUAACCAUGUCAGGCCAGAAACAACGGGUGGGGGAUGAGACAGGUGGAAUCAAUCAUUCCUAAUUUAAGGCAAGGUAAAUUAAAAUCUUAUUCCAAAGUAUGGCUGAAAAAACAAAGGUCAUAUUAUUCCUCUUAUAGGGACUCGGUGAAUACAUUACAUUGAGGUAAUGUACCACUAUUUGUGUUAGCACAGACUCUUUUUCUAGAUCCAUAACAUCAGUAACACAUCUCCCUCGAAUGAAGCUUUAUAAAUAUCUAGACCAGUGGUAGUCAACCUGGUCCCUACCGCCCACUAAUGGGCGUUCCAGCUUUCAUGGUGGGCAGUAGGGG